UUCCUUUCUUCCCUUCAUUUUCUUCAAUGCUCUCAAGUAAUUCAUUACAAUCUUUUGCGGAGUUCACUCCGCACUUUUGACCAACCCUAGAAGUUUUGAGUCACCAUGACCCUUCACAGCCCCUGUCCGCGCCGCACCAAGUUGCCUUUGUAAUCUUACAAUCCUCGGUGUUUGCUCGUACACAGUAUUUUCACAUUCAAGUGUCCUAUCUGCGACUUUCCUUGGUCUUAGCGUUACAGUCAUCCCGGAGAAAAUGUCAAGGUUGCGGUGUUUGCUUGUAGUGGUCGUGAGAUUCAUUUCAAGUAUAAGUUUUCUCUUGACUCCCCUGAUGAACAAAUUAAAUCUCCUUCAUGCUAUGCACUGUCAACUCUCAAUGUACACCUACCUACUUUACUUGUUCAUAGUGAUCUUUUUCCACGGUCCACGAUGUUUGAUAAGAUAGUCAAUGAUAGACGAUACAGGCAGGCUCCUCGCAAAGAUGCCAAGUCCGACAGUAGAACGCGGCAUUCUUUCCGGUCCAAGCACAUGCGUAACGAUAAUCGCAGAGAAGAACAGUGGUCUUCACACGAAAAUAGAGCUCUGAACAUUGAUGUCAGUUUCCCAGACACGUUUGAACUACGCGAUGAUCAGGCACCCAAAGCUAGGGCAUACGCUCGUCCUGAUUGUGCAACGGUCUCAAUGCCGAGUAUCUUCAAAACAGGGUACAAUGGGUCUAUCUUCGAUAGAUUUGGGCAUAGAGAUGUGCAUGCUGAAGAGCCUCCACCGUCCUCCAAACGAAGGUCCUUUCCUUAUGUUAGGUUGGAUUCGAGUGAUGCGAACUUCUUCGACUCCUCGUCCCGUGUCGAGGAUGACAAAUUUCACGCCGACGAGUGCAUGUAUACACAAAUUGGUGGACCAUCAACAAUGCGGCCUCGAAGUGGAGCAUUCGGACUGAGUGGCUAUAACUCUUGUUACAACGAGCCAUCAUACUAUGACUGUUCGCUUAUAGAACUCGCUCCGGACACGGAGCAAGCAUACGAGGACCAUCCACACAACUCUUUCGUCGAGGAUGAAUUUCUCAAGUCAUUGCUGCCUGCUGAGAUCCUCAGCCUCUAUCAGCAAACUCCAGAGCUGCCACUUGACCGCCAUGAUACUAUCAAUGCAUCUGGACACCUUCUUGAGAUCGAGGCAGCUCCUAUCAUCGCCGAUAGUUUCAGCCAUGGUAGAGCGCUAAUUGAAGAAGCGCCCUUACGACUCUAUGAUACAUUUUCCCACCAAGUUGACACUAGCGAAGACAUUAUCAACGAGGUAAUGGUUGUUACAGGAGACAUCAUGGAUACGAUGAUGGAAAGUGUGCUUGCAGUAGAUGUGGUGUAUGGCAAUCCCACUCUCGAAGCAGAGCUCGAAAAUUCCCCAGAUCCUCCUUUCAACAGCUCAUAUCACAGAGAGCCACGAGAUGCCGAUAUCAGCAGGUUCUUACAACAAAUGGCUCUACACACGCAGUCAGCUCCUCCUCCACCACCUCUAAGGCCCCAUUUUGUGGAUCCAAACCACAUUCCUUUGCGCAAUCUUGCAUUCGAGCAAACAACCAAGAGUCAAGAUGAUCAUCCACCAAGCGUUGAUUCAAAAGCCCAACUCGAUCGCUACAACAAAUGGUGGACCGACGCUCAAGCAAAAACAUCCACCACGCCAGCCGUCCUGGACGGCGUCCUACGUUUUCUCCCAAGCACCCCACCCAGUCCUCAAUCUGAACCCGACUGGAGAUGGGCCGCGCACAAAUUCUUCUGUCUCGCAUUCAACUUGCAACCGCUAUCCAUCCCCCAACAAGAUACUUCUGACUUCCUCACAUUCACAGCCCCACCAACCCAAGCUACCACAAACCUACGCGCCCUCCGCGCCCAACUCAAGCUCGAAAAAGUCCGCUGGCACGAAGAUAAACUGCGCUCCCUAUUCGGCGACGCAGUCGCGCGUGACGAGCGAAGCAAGAGCGUGUGGAGCGCUGUGAUCGGGUUGAAAGAGACUGUUGAGAGGGCGUUGGAAGAGUCAUGAGUGCUGAAUUUUCUUUAAGAGGCUGUUUCUUGAUACUGAAUCGCGGCUUGAAGAUGAUAUAUUAAUGAUGUGCAUUACGUGUGGUAAUGUUAUAAUAACGGAGCUUAAUGUCUGAUGGUUGAUGUUUGGAUUUCUCUCGUACAUUAGGACUCGCUUGUUCAGGGGUUGAGAACAGUUCACGUGCUCUGAGCUUGGAAUGCUGGGUCGUUGCAUCUCUCUUAUAGCUUCAACUGCUUUUGCUUACGUUUAUCUAUCUUCUUAAAAUAGCGUUGUAUGAGGAAUCGAGCAAGGACCUUACUUGAACAAGGUGUCCUUCAUU